UUUAAAUUUCAGACUUCAACCGCAGUUGUGAUUGUUUUUAGUUUGUUAGCUGCCUGGAGUGUUAUUUUAAGAAAGCAGAAGCACCAUCAUUUGCACACUCCUUAUAGAUCACACACCUUAACCCUGACUUUUUAGCUCCAGUUUUUCAAAAGAAAGUCAAGAUGAAGAACUAUUUGCUUUUCUGGGGAGUCCUGGCCAUUUUUGUUACGGCUGUUCUUGUGACAGCCCAAGAUGAAGAUGAAAGGACUGUUCUUGUUGACAACAAAUGUAAGUGUGCCCGGAUUACUUCCAGGAUCAUCCCUUCUGCUGAAGAUCCUAGUCAAGACAUUGUGGAGAGAAACAUCAGAAUUAUUGUUCCUCUGAACAGCAGGGAGAAUAUCUCUGAUCCUACCUCACCUCUGAGAACCAAAUUUGUGUACCAUUUGUCCGACCUCUGUAAAAAAUGUGAUCUUACAGAAGUGGAGCUGGAUAAUCAAGUAGUUACUGCCACCCAGAGCAAUAUCUGUGAUGAAGACAUUGAGACUUGUUACACUUAUGACAGAAACAAGUGCUAUACAAACAGGGUCCCACUUACCUAUGGUGGUAAGACCAAAAUGGUGGAAACAGCUUUGACCCCGGAUUCCUGCUAUCCUGACUAAUUUAAGUCAUUACUGACUGCACAACUCCUUAUCUUGAAAGGCUCUCCAUUUUGAUUCCAGGUAGUUAAUAUAUUUACUACCAAUGAAUUUGAAACCAUGAUUUUUUUGGGGGGGAUAAUAUAAAACUAACUACCCCAUUCCCCCCCACCCACCUGCCCCCGGGCAAAUAACUGAAAUAGUAGCAUUGUUAUUUUUUAAGGUAAAUUGCUAGAAUUUAAAAAAAUAGACAAGGGGAGAAAAUAAAACUCAAAAGAGUAAAAAUCAGGAGACAUAAUUAAAUUUUGCCUUUUUUUUUUUUUUUUGGCUUUGCCCUGGAGAGCCUGAGCUUUUGCACAUUCCAUACUAUUCUCUUUAAAAAAAGAAUCACUGUGCAGAGAAAAUUUAUAUGUAAAUAUCGGUCAAUUGUUUGUCUUCAUUAGAAAAAGAAUAAUUGGAAAACAUGUUUUGGAAAUAUUUAUAAAAUAAUUUAAAAUGGAAUCUCUAAUAUUUGUGAAACCAAUUAGCUGAAAGUGACAUAAUUAAGUGUAUAAUUGAAAAAAUAUUUUGAUAUAACAGAUUUGGGAGCAAAUGAUAUGGAUUUUUUUUAAUAAAAUUUUUUUGAUAAUCAGGAUAGUGUGAGAAAUUCCCAUUAGAAAUCACCUCUGUUAUAACUGAAUCUAACAAAUUAUGUAUUCCAAACUAUGUAUUCUCCAGCACAGUUUGAACAAUUAAAUAGAUUCAUAAGCAUA